CGGCCGCGCCUUCGAGCUGCAGCUGGGGGCCGCGGGACUCGAAACCGAGCGGGCCGGGCGGAACGAGCCAGGUGGAACCAUGGUGACCAUGACAGGGUCUGCCAACAUCUUGGAGGUAUGCAGCAACAAACUGAGGGAGUUUAUGUGCAAUGUGGACAACAAGGACAUGGUGUGGCUGCAGGAGAUCAAGGAGGAGGCCAUAAAGAUGUUCUCUAGUGAUUUCAGUGUGGAACCUGAGCUGAUGCCCAAAACUCCAUCUCAGAGGAACCGCCAGAAGAAGAAACGGUUUUCCUCCAUUCAGGAUGAGAAUAGGCCUCCAACCAGGAAAAGGUUGUCCCGACGGGCGAGUCGAAGGAACAGUCGAUACAACUCGCGGCUACUCCGGAGUAAAGACAAGUUGGAGAAGCUGGUCCUGGUGGUGGCCGAGAAUGGCUCCAUCCCGCCCCGUGGGAUCCGGACCCCAGCAGCAGCUGCCACCUCACUUCCUGAGUCCCCCACUAUGCUCACCAAAAAGCCCCCUAGCCUGCCACCAGUGGCUGGGCGCAUGCCCUUCGUGGAGAUCAGCGUCAGCGAACAGCAGAGUGCCGAGAAGUGUCUGCGGGUCAGCAAGACCAGGAUGGCCGACCAGAAGCCCUCCUUUGUGAUCAACCUUGACUCUGAGGAUGAGGGGACACCAGAGAAGCUUGCCAAGAACUUGCCUGAGCCAGUGUCGAACAAGGUUCCCCAGGCCAAGGCAGAGGGGCCCACUCGCUCUGUGGCCAAACUCCGCAUUGCCCGUCCAGCAUCUCUUGAGGACGUGUCCCCCAUGAAGACUGAGACCACAGAACUAGAUGGAGCGCCCUCUUCUCCAGGAACACAGCCCGAGCCAGGGGGCAAUCUGCUCUCAGGCUUGCCAGAGAGCCCUCGGACCCCAACAGGCUCCCGCUGUGACCGACGCUCCGUGCGAAGGAGCCUUGUGCGCAAAUCCUCCAAGGCCCACAGGGUCUCCUUACUCCAUAAGUACUCCAUGGUUCCUAAGAGGAUUAGCUCUUCUCGAAGGUCCUCCAGGAAAGUGGCUCAGGAAGUGGCUCAGGAGCCAGCAGCCACUGGCCGCAUCAUCUGCCACAGCUACCUGGAGAGGCUUAUGAAGGAGGUGCCUGGGAAAGCCAGCUCUGAAGAGGACACAGAGCAUGUGAAGGAAGCUGAGCAGGAGACGUCAGAGGGCACCAGGAGAACGCUGCGCCCUCGGAAUGCUAACAAGAUUGCCAUCAGCACUCCAAAGGCCCAGCCAGAGCCUGGAAGCCAAGGAAAUGGUGACAGCGAGACCAAAACGGAGCAAGCGGAAGAGCCCAGGGAGCCGCCGCAGAGCGUCAGGCGUAAGAGGAGCUAUAAGCAGGCCGUGAGUGAGCUCGAUGAGAAUGGGGAUCACCUGGAAGACGAGGCGCUCACUCCUCCCAAAAACAAGACUUCGUCCCCCGUCUGCCCGCCCAGCAAGGUGGUGAGGCCCCUGCGGACCUUCCUGCACACCGUCCAGAAGAACCAGAUGCUCAUGACUCCGACCUCCGCCGGCCGCACCAGCGUCAUGAAGUCGUUCAUUAAACGCAACACUCCAAUGCACAUGGAUGCCAAGGAGAAGGAGCGGCAGCGACUGGAAAACCUGAAGAAGAAGGAGGAGGCUGAGCUGCUGAGGAAGCAGAAGGUGGAGGAGGACAAGCGCAGGCGCCUGGAGGAGGUGAAAUUGAAGCGGGAAGAGCGCCUUCGGAAGGUUCUGCAGGCCCGGGAGCGGGCGGAACAGCUGGAAGUAGAGAAGAAGAAGCGCAUUGAGCAGAAGCUGGCCCAGCUAGAGAAGAACGAGAAGGCAAAGGAAGAGCGACUGGCGGAGGAGAAGGCCAGGAAGAAGGCAGCAGCCAAAAAGCUGGAGGAGGCAGAGACAAGGCGAAAGCAGGAGGAAGAAGUCAGAAGGCAGAAGAAGCUCCAGCAGGAGGAGGAAGAGCGGAGAUACCAGGAGCAGCUACAGAGAAAGAAGGAGGAAGAACAGGAGAGGCUACGGAAAUUGGCCGAGGCCAGGAGGAUCAUGGAACAGCAGAAGCAGCGUGAGCAACAGCUGGCCCUUGAGAGAGAGCUGGAGAGAAAGAGGGAGCAAGAGAGGCUGCAGGCUGACAGAGAGCGGCUGGAGAAGGAGCGAGCCUUGAGGCUGCAGAAGGAGCGGCUGCAGCGGGAGCUGGAGGAGAAGAGGAAGAAGGAGGAGCAUCAGCGCCAGGAGCUGGCGCGCAGGAAGCUGCAGGAGGAGCAGGAGAGGAAGGCCAGGGAGGCCGCCGCCGCCGCCAACAAGUUCCUGAACGUGACGGUGGACGUGCAGUCUCCAGUUUGCAACUCAUACGAAAUGACCCCGCAGGGCCCCCGGGGGGGCCCCAAGAUCAAUCCGGACAACUACGGGAUGGACCUGAACAGCGACGACUCCACGGACGACGAGACGCAGCCCCGGAAGCCCAUUCCCGCCUGGGCCAAUGGGAGCCAGCUGAGCCAGGCCGUCAUCCGCCAGUACUACAACCCCCCCGACAUCGACCAGCUCUUCGGCACCAUCCUCAGCCCGCGGCUCGAGGACAUCUUCAACAAGAGCAAACCGCGCUACCACAAGCGCACCAGCUCGGCCGUCUGGCACUCGCCGCCCCUCCCCGGAUCGCGGCCCUUCACGGGCGCCUCCUACGGCCUGAAGAAGCCCUGAGCCUCCCCUGGACCGGCUGCGGCUCUCCGGACUGGACGGUGUGUUUUCUCUAAGAAAUGGGGGGUUUUUAGCCAAGGGGAGCCGGAGGCCUCUCGAGCCGGGGCUGCCUGGCCGCAGCGGGCGCCGGGCCUGGGGUCAGCAGAGACUGAAACCCCGAGAUGCCGUGGGGGGGCGACGGUCACGGCCCCCCGGAGAGCCGGCGGCCCCCGGCUUGUACAUAGGCAGCUAGUUUGAGAGGACGUCGAGCCCCGCAUUUUAAGGGCAGAUCAAUAAAAUGUAUUCCCUGUGG